GCAAGCACUUGUCAGAAUGUAAACAAUAUGGCGGCUGCCCGCACAUUUGACAUGGCACAAACAAAUUGUGCUGAAAAAGGACUUGCAGAACAGAUAUCAAACUAUACUGUGAAAGGAUUUCACAACAGAAAUUCUUCCCUUUUCCCUACUACACAUAAUAACAGACUGUUCACAAACAGGAUAGAAACAAAUCAACAGGAUAAAGAGACAGGUAGCUUUAUAGGAGAUUGUUUGCAUGCAGGAAAGCCUCCAACAUCCAUAAGCAAAUCAAAGAUUCUAAACAGGGUGCAAAGUGCUACAGGGCGACUUGAAAAGAAUGCUCAGUAUUUGAGAAAUUGUGCUGAUGUGAGUGGUGUCCAAGAAACUGAGCGAAAAAAGGUAAAUAGGCCAUACAGUGCUGUUAACAGAUCAGUGAAUCACAAUAAUACUACAGUUCAUGGGUCAGUGAAUCACAGUGGUAAUGGAAGAACUACACCAAGAUGUACAUCCUCUGCUUUACAUACAAAACCAACAAAAAAGAGGAUUCCCUCUGCAAAAAGGACAUCUAUUGCAAGUAGUAGGUAUUCUAGUCAGCAAUAUAAAUAUGAUACAGCUACAUCAGUUUUAAACAUUCAUAAAGGAAUGGGAAACUUAGAAAUAAAUAACAACAAUGAAGGCAUGACAUCUGAUAUCAGUGAAAUGGCUUUGGUUCCUAUCAAUGGAAGACAGAUGCCUGUUGUUGACAUUGGAGGUGAUGCACCUGUACCAGUGUAUAACUACCAACAACCUGUGAGUUCUAAACAUGUAGAGAACGAACCAAAACUCAAACCAUUCCAUACACCCUGUACUAGUAAAACAGCAGAGAAAAGUGUGUUAAAUGAGGUCUUCUCUGUUGAUCCUAAUGUAAAUAAGGACGUUAGUGAUGAGAAGGAAAAAGAAAAAGAAGAACGUUUAAAACCUUUGGUGUUUGGCCUAGAGAAGAAGAGACAGAUAUUUGGUAGCACUGCUGAGGGAUUGGAUGCCCAAAGUGCUACAGAGAGUUUUCCCUAUAAGUUAUCUACAGAGCCAGAAGGCAUGCUUCAGCUUACAGAUGGUACUGAGAACAGAAAAAGAUCUUUACCUGAAGAUUUGGAGCCACUACGGCCCUGGCUAACAGAGGAUAUCAUAGAAGACUUCAUCGGUGUAGAUCCAAAGAAUUGUCUGGUUUUCUUACCAUCCUUAAUCGGUCAAGACCUGACAGACAUCCCAGAGGUCCCGCCUCCUCAGAACAUUGAGGAUGAAUUACCUUAUAAGGAGAAGAUCAUUCCCCCUGAGGCCCCAAAGAAAUAUGAACACCCUUCAUUUAAUAAAAAACCAUUAGUUGAGGACUGGGUUUGUGAACACAGCAAAAGUCACAGCCGUAUUUAUGGAGAGGAUGGCAGUAUAUUGCACGACAAGAAAAGCCGGAGACGUUUCCAAGGCCAGAGGACCUCUGGGGUUGUCAGGAAGGAGAUAAAGGAACUAGAAGAGUUGAUGAAAGGUAUUGGCACGUUGGACACCGACUGUUCUAUAGUGAAGUACCAAGCAGAGAUUGACAAAUAUAGGCUUACUCACGCACAAACCAUGGCUAUGAUUCCUGAGAGACUGUUAAAUUCUCCAAGACCGAUAGAUACAUUUGGAAUUCGAGAGUUUUGCCAACAACAUGAUGGCAUUAUGCAUCAGAUCAAGGAGCAGCACAAACUUUGUCUGGAGGAACUUGCAACGCUAGAAGUAGAGGCAGGCAUAGAGAGUGAAAGAAAAUACUUUAAACAUCAAGUUCAUUUGCCACGAUCUGAUGAGAGCAUUGUAAGUGAAGAUACUUAGUAUGUAUGGUCAGGGCAAGUCACAACGAUCAAAAUAUUCAAAUUAAAUACAUGUUGUAACUUAAAACUGAUAGACUUGUUAAUCAUAAUUUGCUCAAUUACUGGUGUGUUCAUAGUGAUUGGCCUAAACAAUUGUUUUAUUCAUAUUAACAGAGAAAAACUAUGGUCUACAUAACAUUGAUGGAUUCAUGAAUUUAUUUUGGGUGUAUAAAAUAUUCAUUGAUGAAGGAAUUGAACAUUUAGUGUUUUUGUUUUAUUUUUACAACGUAUUAUAUUUUGAUAUAAUUUAUCUGAAAUACACUUUAAACAUUUACUUUUGUUACAUGUGUUUUCCAAUAACAGUAAGUAUAUGUGCAGUGAAUAUAAAAUAUGCUAGUCAGUAGUUUUAAGACCUUUUAGAGGUUGAGAGCUGUGUACAUUAUAUCAUUGUAGAUGUGUCUGAAGAAAUCUUUUGUUUGUAUCUAUCUAUAGGUUAUCUAUUGUCAUUUGCUUCAUCUCAUACCCACGGUUGACUGCAGUACUAUACACUUAUCACGCAUGAGUCAGCUCUGUGAAAAAUACUAGUUUCCUAAUUUAAAACUUGAUUGGCUCCGUCAUUCAUUCCUAUUAGAAUGUCAGCCAGUCAGAUUGAAGAUAAUUAAUAAAUGCUUUAUAUCUUUAAAUGCUGCAUAUCAACAACAGUGCCAGUGAGUGAUCUUAAAAACACCUUUUAGGAAUUUAAUAUCAACGGGUUUCAACCGUUUCAGUAGAAAUAUCAUUGAUUUGUCUGACAGAGAUGUCUUACUAUUAAUUAAAUCAGUGGUAGAAAAGCAUGUUAACAGGCAACUGUUCCUUAUUUUCAAAACAUCCCAAAAACAUUGUGGUACUAUGUUAUACAAUUGUAACUGUUUAAACACUAAAGGCAACUUCUUGUUUAUUAUAUAUCACUAUUACCUAGGUAAUAUAUGCUUAUCACAGAAUCUGCACACUUUCAUGGCACAGCCAUAUUGUUACAUAUGUACUUUUUAAUAUUUUCCCCUCCAAACCUGAAGAGUUUUUAUUCUGAAAGGCUUAUGCAGAUUGGUUUCUAUUUAUAGAGUGACGUAUGUCAUUGAAAUUAGAAUUUUUCACUGAGCUGACCCGCAGGUGCUAGUUAUCUCAUAGUAACAAACCUUUUCUUCAAAUAUUGCUCUACGCAAAUCAACAAAAGUCUUUCUCAAGUCAUGAUCUGUCAUGUUUUUCUUGAUCUCCUACUAACAAAACUGGUGAUAUGUUAUUAUUGUUUGUAUACUAUGCUUUUCUCAUACACAACCACUGGGCCAAAACAAGUUGGUUUCCUUACUGGGAUCAUUGCCUUGUCAAAUAUCCUCAUGGAAAGAGAAAUCUGCAAAUUCAAAUGGUCACAACAAGAAGAAUAGCAGAGUUUUAAACUCAAAUCUGUGAAAUGAAAUACUGUUGGAAUUAAUAUGAAAAUAAAAUCUGUAUCUGUAUGUCACCAAAAGUAAUAUUGUCUUAAUCUGGAGACACCUAUGGAUUAAUUAAGUACUUCUGUAUUUUGAUAUGUAAACUGUGUAUUUCUAUGAUUUCUAGAUGUGUUUAUAUCUGUGUGUUUAAAUCCUCUAGAAAUGGCCAGUAUUAUUGUAUGUUUAAAAUACCAAAGAGCAAAUAGUAAAUAUGCUUGAUUUUUUUUAAAGUGUGAAAUUAUCUCCCCUUGUAAUGCAGAACAAUUGAUGUGACUGUAUGGUACUGUGUAGUGUAUUAGUAAGGAUGAUAACAAAUUCUCGAAGAACGAAGAAUAUAGAUGUUAUGUAUUCUAAGAUAAAAUACAAAUGUCAAAAUGGGAAAUUCACGAUCUUGGUAUUUGUACAUAUUUUUUUACCAAAUAAUUGAUAUGAGAGUUGUUUCUUCAUAAUACCUAAGAAAAGAAACUAUUAAAAUGGGGAAACAGUGUGUAUAUAUGAUUGUAUUAUGAAACCAGUUUUAGAUCAGAAUGAUUUGUGUGAUCAUUACUUCUCUCAAUGUCCUGAAUAAGGAAUUUUAGAAUUUAGUUCUUUUAUGGAGUUUCAAUCUCCAGUUUGCUUGGAGAGCGGAGAGUAUUUGAAUGUUUAGAAUUCAAUUUCAUGUCAUUGAAUCUCCUCUGUUCAAUAGCGGAAGUAGGAUUGUGUGUUUUGCCUAUGAUCAUUGGUGCUGCUAUAUCUAUAGUUGUAUGGUGUAGUUAUAAUAUUGUUAUGAUGUUCAAUGAACAUUCAUGAGGGAUUUGGAUCCUUAUACAUGUACAGACAAACCUUGUUAACUCCACGUCAUUGGAGUCAUGAAAAAAAAGAUGUCCUGGGUUUUCGAGGAAACGAAGGAUAGUUUACAUAAAGGUUUUAUUUUCAUAAUUGAAAGUUUACUCCAAGUUAAGCACUGUGCAGUCUUUAGUUUGACUGUACUUGUGUAAGGGGUACCCAUAUGUAUACCCUCAAGUUUACAUGGAUGUUAGGGGUAACUAUUGGUUUUUUUUAUACAUAAUUAAUAUCAUUCAUUACGUUGCCUAUAAAUGACACCAUUGUAUAAUUAACAGAAGCUUGAUGUCUGGUGUUGAUGUUGCUAGACACUGCUGUAUCUCCUGGUUAGUGUUGGGUCUUGUCAGUAUUCCUACUGACUCAGUAUACAUGUACUAAGUCUGGGCACCACGGUGGCCGAGUGGUUAAGGUGUCCCGACACUUUAUCACUAGCCCUCCACCUCUGGGCUGCGAGUUUGAAACCCACGUGAGGCAGUUGCCUGGUACUGACCUUAGGUCGGUAGCUUUUCUCCGGGUACUCCGGCUUUCCUCCACCUCCAAAACCAGGCACGUCCUUAAAUGACCCUGGCUGUUAAUAGGAUGCUAAACAAAAAUAAACCAAAUAAACCAAGACCAAGUCUGAUGUAGAAAUUAAGUCGCAUGCCUAUGUUAUAUAGGAUAUCAUUUACUGAUACUGUUGUAUUACAGAUUUGAAUUACAUGACUAUGCCUAUGGCUAGGUCUUUUCAACAAGUUAGUUACCUGUUGGUAUUAUAUAGGUACACAGCAGUGUCAUUUCUCAUCUACCAUAUAUUCUCAUCUAUUAUUAAAAUUAUGCAGGGACAGGGUGCUUCUUGCGAUACAUGCACAUGUAUAUAAAAACGCUUUGGUAAAUGUUAGUUGGGGGAAUGAAAGUUUUAUAGUGGUAUGAGUAUUGUAUGAAUAAAAUAUUCAUCCUGAUGAGAAUUUUAUGCCUCAGAUAUUCACCCAGGUGAAAUUUUAUAGGACAUUGAGAUGAGUGUUGUUUUUAAUCCAGUUAACUCUGUAAUAUUACAUAUCAUGUGUCAACACAUUGUUUGUUAUUUUGAGAUUUUCUGCUGUUUGAGAUUUGUUAUUGCUAGGAUAUAAUACUCGAUUAAUAUACACAAUCUUCCAAUGACCUAGGUGUAUUACAGUUCAACCUGUCUAAUCUGACCUUCAACUAGACCAACAUCCUGUCAUAUCGGACAUACAAGUUAAAUCUUAUUUCUUAUGAAUUUUUUCUCUUAUUAAAUUAUCAUAACAGGCCCAGGUUUCACAUUUGUAAUCCAUAGGAAAACAUUACAAAAUUUAAGGAAAACAUCUUCGGUACAGAACUUUCCUUAAAUUCUGUCUACGGAAAAUUUUAAUUCCCCGAUCGGACAUGGAAAUCUUAAAAUUUUCCAUAGGAAAACAUUACAAAAAUUAAGGAUAACAUCUUAGGUACAGAACUUUCCUUAAAUUCUAUUUACGGAAAAGUUUUAAGUGAAGGAAGUUCAAGUUAAGGAAUAUUGAUGAAACUGCGGCCUUGAACCUUUGCUAAUAUGACCGAUUUUCCAAUUUUCUGUUUCCCACGGGUGACAGAUUAGGCAGGUUUGACUGCACCGAUCAUAUAUGUGAAGUGAGUGAGCAUGGAUGAAAGAAUUACUGCUGUUGUUCAAAAUUGUUAAUGAUAGUUUUAAAUGGGAUCUCAUUGCUGCUGAUUUGUGGCAAAUUAACAUUGUACAUGUAGAUGUGUCAUUUGGAGCUUGUUAUUUACAUGGCAGCUUUGUAUAAAUUUAUUACAGAUGUUAUGUUCAGGUUUUAGUGUGAAGAUUCUGUCCUACAUUUCUGUCACCAUUAGUAAUCUGACAUAGGUGGUGCUUAUACCUGAAUCUAAGUCUCACUGGUUACUAACCAGUUUGAAAUUGACUUUUUUUUUAAACAAAUCUAUCAGUAUCUUGAUAUUGAUUUGGCAUACAGUAUUUUAAAUUGGUAUCAGUAAUGUUGAUCAGGACUCAUAUAUCCGAUUUACAAGGUGAACUUAAAUGCAUGACAGAAUGUUCAUAUUGCAUAUAGAAAAGCUACAUUGUAUAUAUCUUACGUUUCAUGUAAGAUUUAUCUCCCUUUAAAUGUGUCGUAGAUGUUUUGAUCUACUCGACUGAUUUUGUCAAAAUGUGUCUUAGAAUGUUUUCAUAUAUGAAAGAUUUUUAAAACAGUUAUUAUCAUGGAAGUCUUUUUUGAAAGGAGAACGAUAUCACAGAAAGGUAGCAUAUGAUACCUCCUUAAGUCUGAUCCAUAUCACAAAGAAAGGUACACAAGCAUUCAUCAGAGAAAAAGAUGUACAUCAUCAGGAUGAAUUCACAUUCAAGGAAUUUUCAUAAUUACAAAAACUGAAAUCGAGACCAAGUCUUUUCUUUAUUUUUACAAUUAACAUCUUACUAAAAUACACACAAAAUGAAUCUUAAGGAAGUUUUUCAAAAACAGAAUUUGAUAAAUGUAAUUAGCUAUAUAGCAUUAUGAUUGUAGGACUUCUCCAGUAAUACACUUUGGAUCUCUUGUCAUUACAAAUUAUUGCCUCAGACCACAGACACAUAGAAUAAUAAGGCGUGAGCAGUGAUUUUUUUUUUUUCCCUUCUUAUUUUGAAAUUAUUCCAUAUAUAUUAAAUAAAAGUGGGGUGAUAACAUUUAAAUGAAAAUAUCUUUAUUAAAUGCAGAUCAUAAUGUACUUAACAACUUCUUGUAUUAAAAGUUCUACUAUAUGAAAUGAAAACCAGAUUUUUGCCAAGUUUCAUGAUAUUCUAAUUAUUUUGCUUUCGGUAGACAAAUUAAUUGUAGUCUGAGGUCUGCAUACAACAACAUGUACAAUAUAUUUAAAGGGAUGUAAUUAUGAAAUUAAACUACAGGUGUUACAUGUAAGUUAGUAUAUUUAUAUUCUACGAACAUCUGUGAUGCAUAAUUAUAGUGAAUUUUUAAUGUUGUUACUAAUUUGCUUUUUAGAUUAAAGCUGAGAAAAAUA